UCAUCAUCAUCAUCAUCAUCAUCAUCAUCCUUGUUGCUGUUGUUAUUUACAUCACUAUUACUUACCACUGACUGGUCCAAACCCCGUCUCCUUCCUACCACAACAGAACUUUCUCUUGUAACAAAUAGGAUCUCAUUAUCAGAGACCAAUUGGAAGCUCCACUCUCUUUCUAUGUUUUGAAGAGAUCUUGUUGGAGGUCUGUUUUAUAAUAUUUGCUUCUAUCAUAUUGGGUGACAAACUCUGCUGUUUUGAACCGUCUGUGCAUGGAAAAUGAAGAUGAUGAUGAUGUUUCUUUUGCCAAAUGGAUGAGUAGCUUCUGGGGUCACAGCUGGAUUGAUGAAAAUGAGAGAGAAUUAAGAAGUCAUAGGGAACGCCGAACCCAGGAUAUCAGAAAUAGAAGAACCUCCCUGCCUUGUCCAACACAGUUUGCUGCCCUUCCCGUGUCCACCAUUCAUGGACCCUCCACAGUUGUUCCAGUUUCUGGACACCCCAGAAGGCAUUCUCAUGAGGACCAUGAAUUUGGACUCCAUCAUCACAUGAGUACAGGCAAAAUGUGCUCCCAGAACAGUUCGUUGCAGGGGCAAAUGAAGCCUAAAGGUAGAUCACAUUCCAUCCAAGAAUUUUCAGAGCACUUUGAGCAGCAACUCUGCAUUAGAACCAAAAGAUCAGUCUCUUUGGAACCUGAGGACAGAAAGGAGAGAAAAGAUAGAGAGAGCCUGAGAGGUAGGACAAAAGCCCACCAGGAAGCCGGGGAAAGAAGGAGAUCAAAGGAAAAGGAACAGGAAGAAGCCAACGUAGCAGCCCUAACCAAAAAGAUCUAUGAGUAGUUCAUUGUUUUCACAUGACAACUACAUGUGAAGUAGGUAGACCUUCUCUGAUGAAUAUUUUGGAUGAGACUGGAGAGUAGUAACUGCAAAAAAGGUAAUUACAGGGCAUUCAGUGUUGGAGCCUGGCAUAAAAACAAAACAAACAAUAAUACUGGAUGAUGUUGUCCACUUUGGCAUUCAGCUUGUUUUCCCUUUUCCCUUUGAUAUGUUAGUAAUCUCCUUUGUUUCCCUUUCAGGAGAAUGAAGAAUACCGAUGUAAUUUUAAUAGAGUAAAUUAAUUCUUGAAAAUAGAAAUAAAGAUAUUUAAAGAACCACCAACACCAUCUCCAUCCCA